GACUACCACCUUACACACAGAACCAGAAGAGGCAGCACCUUACACAGGCUGUCUGCCACAGACGCGACCUGAGCUCAGAACAGCCACCUUUCUACCCCGCCCACUUAAAGGCGCAGCCCCCAUUUUCCCGCCCCAUGAGGCACCUCCCUUCCAAGCCAGCGCCGCGGGGCAGGGAUCCAGAUGCUGCAGGUUCUCGCGAGAAGACGGUUUCUCUGGUUAUUUGGGCGUCUUCUCGCGAGGCUUUGGCCGUGUUGAGGCGGAGUGUCGUCGUCGCCAUGGAGCAGCAGCUGCACGGUCCUCCGGGGCUGUCCACCAUCCUAGCGAAGACGGACUGGGCCGAGCCCUGGCUGCUGGGGCUGGCGGGUUUCCACGUCCUGUGUUUCCUCCUGACCUGCUUCUCUUUCCAGCACUACCGGGUGCAAAUAGGGCACUUUCUGUGCAUGGUGUGUUUAGUGUACUGUGCUGAAUAUAUAAAUGAAUUAGCAGCCAUGAACUGGAGGCUGUUUUCUAAAUACCAGUACUUCGAUUCAAGAGGAAUGUUUAUUUCACUUGUAUUUUCAGCACCUCUACUGGUGAAUACUAUCAUAAUUGUGGUCAACUGGGUUUACAGAACUUUAAAUGUAAUGACUGAACUGAAGAUGCUACAGCAGAGAAUUAAAGCAGAAAAAGAUAAGAAGAAGUGAAAGUGUCUAAUACUUUUCCAUUUUUAAUUUUCAUAAUACUUGUCCAGAUAAUCAGUCCUUCUGUAUGUUUAUCCAGAAGCAGCAAUUUUUUGUCUGAUAUCUGGGACUUAGCAAUUGUGGCUAUGGACAGUGAGGAAAGGAAGUACCCUUGGUACAUCUGAUCUUCUUAAUGAAAUUGAGAAAACUGGGCUCACCAGGUCUUUGUAUCCUUCAAUGCAAGCUAAUUUUUCACCAUAACCAAGUCUGUUAAUAGCAUUGAGAAAGAACCUUCAGUUUCCAUUUGCCUAUAUCUUUUUUUUUUUUCCCCCCCACAAAAACUAUGUUGAAUUGUCUUUAUCAAGUAGCCAGUCUUUCGUUAACUUAUGCCAAUGGGAGCUAUGUUGUGAAUUCAAGUAAAUGGAAGAAUUGCAUUCAGAAUACCUCAGGAAUCCAUGCUUCUGUGAAGCAUUUCAAUUCUUUAUAAAUCAUGUUUCAUACUUCCUUUAUGUAUUGUAUGUCAGUGGAUAGUUCUGAUACAGUAGCAUUUUAUAAAUAAAAAUAUCCACAGUAUCUUAAGUUAAUUUGUAUUUUUUAAAUCUUUCUGUAUCUCAUACAAGAUUUCAUCACAUCAGUAAUUUUCAUUUUAUUUGUGUAAGUAAUUCAAGUCAUGAUUUUAAUGCUGUUGUAUAAAUACUAUUUCUUAAAACUGGAUGAAAUUUUGAUAAUCUUUCCCUUAUUUGAAGGAAAGAAUGGCAGGAGAAAAAUGUUAAUGUUCUACAUUAUUUUGUUCAUAAUUUUUUGCAGUUCUUUUACACUUGACUUUUUUUUAAUAAAUUACUGAAAUGGAACAAAAAAGACUGGUAAGAAGUAAGAAGAGUGCUCUGAGUAACGUGGUUUUCUCGUGUUAAGGAAAUGGGAGCAAGGGAGGGAUAAAAGAGGGGGAGUUAAUAUAGUAGAAGAGAGCCCAUAUAUUUUUAGUGAAGGCUUUGUGCAAAGACCUAAGCCCUUGUCUAAAAUGAUAGAAUCACAGAAUAGUUUGGGUUGGAAGAGACCUUUAAGAUCAUCUAGUACCUGCUAUAGGCAGAAACACCUCCCACUGGACCAGAUUGCUUGAAGCCCCAUCCAGUCUGGCACAACCUCACUGGGCUGCCUGUUCCAGUGUC